AUGAAGGCCUCGCAAGACUCGCAUGACGAAGCGUCGUCAUUGUCAUCUACCGUGGGCGAUACAGAAGUCUCAUCGCGGAUUAUGGCCUCGGACCCAACCCCAAGUCCAGAAACCAUCAAUCGCACAACAUCACGUAUAUCGGGCCACGAUGCUUUCGAGCCAGCUGCUACAACCACCACCCCAGAAGGCGACGCACCUUAUCGAGAAGCUGGCGACGAGAUCUUCGAUAAGGUAUCCCAGGGACGAAAGAGGGCGAUAGUGGCAGUCCUAUCGUUUGGAGCAUUCUUAUCGCCUAUAUCGAGUACAUCUGUGUUGGCGGCGACGCCAGAAGUUGCAGCGACUUACAACACGACUGGAAGUAUCAUCAACCUGAGCAAUGCGGCGUAUAUGAUUGUCAUGGCUUUGUCACCCUUGUUCUGGGGGCCAAUAAGUCAAGUGUAUGGAAGACGUGUCGUGGCUUUAUCUUCAUCAGCCAUGUUCUUUGUACUGAGUUUGGCAACCGCAUUGGCACCCAACCUCGCCUCGUUCAUUGUCUUCCGGGCUGCUUCCGCCUUUGGAGGAACAGCUUUUAUUCUUAUUGGUCCCGCAUGUGUUGGUGAUAUCUACCGCCCGACGGAGCGCGGUACCGCCAUGGGCUGGUUCUUGACUGGGACUCUCGUUGGACCUGCCUUUGGACCCUUUCUGGGUGGUAUCAUCGUAACAUAUUCGUCCUGGAGGAGCAUUUUCUGGCUACAAACAGGACUAGCUGCUGCUGGGGUUCUAGGUGUCUAUCUCGUUGUAUCCGAAACGGCCCAUCAACUCAAGAUCGAUGACCUGAAGACGCUCUCAGGCAAGAAGAGGGCACUCACAAUCCUGGGCAUGAUCAGUCCAAUGCGAGUACUGCGGCUGUUUCAAUACCCCAAUAUUGCCCUGGUGGCUGGAAGCAGCGCAUCCUUGACUUGGAACAUGUACAGCCUCCUGACGCCCAUUCGAUACGUUUUGAACCCCCGUUUCAACCUCGAGACUCCGUUGCUUUCAGGUCUCUUUUACCUAGCACCAGGCUUCGGCUAUGUGUUUGGGACGUUUUUUGGGGGUCAUUGGGCGGACUACACUGUAAAGCGGUGGAUCAAGAAGCGUGGUACUCGUAUUCCUGAAGACCGACUUCGAUCUACGCUGCCUUUUAUGGGUGCAAUUAUACCGGGCAGUAUGUUGGUCUAUGGCUGGACUGUAGACCAAGAGGUUGGAGGCAUCCCGCUUCCGGUCAUCGCUAUGUUUGUACAGGGCGUUGCGCAGUUGUUUUGCUUCCCGUCGUACAACACGUACUGUCUCGAUGUGAUGCCAGGCCAAGGGGCUGAAGUAGCUGCGACAAACUUCUUUGCCAGAUACUUGGUAGGCUGCGUAGCAUCCGCCGUGGUUCUACCAGCAGUCGACGCACUUGGCAUCGGAUGGUUCUCUACUAUUUCAGCAGCAUACUUGAUAGCCUCAGCUCUGGCGACCAUGGCUGCGAUUCGAUGGGGGAAGGUCUGGCGAGAAAGAACCCAAGCAAGACUCGAGGGCCUAAGGAAGAAAUAG